AUGUCGACGGAGACUUUGGAAAUAUAUCGCAAGGCAUUGAAUUUUAACGUUAUAGCGCGUUAUGAUCCUAAGAUUAAACAACUACUUUUUCACACUCCGCAUGCUACGGUGUAUAAGUGGGGCGAUGAUAAUUGGAACAAGUUAGAAUAUCAAGGCGUGUUGGCGAUAUAUCUUCGAGAUGUCGGUGACAAAGAAGCAAUUCUACCAGAAGUGAGUAGUUAUGAUGAUACUAUAACAGGCCAACAAUCUGAAGCUAAUACUCCACACGUAUUGACUGGUCACGACAUCUACAAUUAUGGACUAAUAAUUAUGAACAGAAUUAAUCCUGAUAACUUUUCUUUGGCGAUUGCUCCAAACAGUGUUCUCAACAAGAGAAAGCUAUUCGCUCCGAAUCGCGAAGAAGAGCUGGAACCAAUGAAAGUUGAAGUUAGGGAUGACCUUGUGAUGAUCAAGACGCUAAAGAAAGAGGUGUACGGCAUCUGGGUGCAUACUCCUGAAGACAGACAAAACAUCUAUGAACUCAUUAAAUAUUUACUAGAGAAUGAACCAACAGAUUCAUUCACGUAG